AUGUUCAAGGAGGAGAGCUGGUUCCUUCAACACGGAGCUUCCAAAGAGUUCAACGAGCAACAACGAGGAAAAAAGAGGGGAGAUAAGAGGAGAAAGAGUUGGAAGAAGAUGGACCAAAGGUGCAGGUUCGCAUUCGGCAGCCAUAUCAGGCCACGUGAUCCGAAUAAAACCGGCUACUCGAGUUUUCCUUCGGCUAGACGUGAGAAUUAGAGUCCCGGUAAAGCGUCAAACGACGGGCUCGGGGAUCAGUGCCUGAUGCUUCGCGGCUUUCGCAUGUAGCCGGCGAACAGUCGAAAGGGCACGUUUUCUAUCUUUUCCAUAGACAGAGGAGAGGGAGAGAGAAUAUUUCCGAUAAACGUCGACAAAAACGAUCCGUGCCGAGUCCACUCGCUAUUUCGAGAAUUCCGGCUAUCUCUGUCGUCGAUGGAAUUUGAAAGAUUUUACUCAGUUCGCUGCGAGCGGGAUACGCUUGGAAAACGGAGUAUAAACGCGAUAAACCUCGGUUGUUCAACUCCAUAAUUAACGCGCCUCUCUCUAAAUAUCUGUGCCCUCUAUUAAGUAAAGCUGACGUUCGAUCGCGAUACGGCGCGUUAUAACGUUGUAUUUCAUCUUUGGAGCACCGACAAAGCCACCUUUGUGGCCUUGAUUAAGUGUAUUAAUUAAUAAUCGUUUGGAGUAUAUAGUCAAAUACGUAAGUAAAAGCAUAGUAUAUUCGCUUCGACGUCGUACAAUUUUCGACUCGAUCAUUUCUUUGCAUCUUUCACAAUAAAAUUGAACGAACAUUUGUUACGAAAGUGUCGAAAACGAAAAACUUAUUUAAAAGUAUAUUAUUUAUAGAGUUUGCGUAA